UGCAAAAACAAAGAAAACAAAAGGUUAAUAUUAAUAACAAGAGAUAAGCCGUGAGUGUUGGUAGUAACAAGAAAAUCAAAUCUUGAUCCCUCCCCACAAGGCAAGGCAAGGCAAGGCAAGGCGAUCAGUAAAUGGAGAAUCUGAAGGCAAUGGAUGCAGAGCAACUGAGAGAAAAUGCGCACAAAAUGGUGGAUUUCAUUGCUGAUUACUACAAGAACAUCGAGACUUUCCCUGUUCUCAGCCAAGUUGAGCCAGGAUAUCUACAGAAGCUUCUUCCUGAUUCUGCACCAAUGCAGCCUGAAUCCUUGCAAGCAGUUCUUCAAGAAGUUGAAAGUGCGAUAUUACCAGGAGUUACCCACUGGCAAAGCCCAGAUUAUUUUGCGUAUUUUCCAUCAAAUAGCAGCGUUGCAGGGUUUCUUGGAGAAAUGCUUAGCGCUGGAAUUAACAUGGUCGGAUUUAGUUGGAUCACUUCUCCAGCUGCUACAGAACUCGAAAUGAUUGUUCUUGAUUGGCUCGCUAACUUACUCAACCUUCCCCAACAUUUCCUUUCCAAGGGGCCAGGUGGUGGUGCGAUUCAAGGGACCGCAAGUGAAGCCCUUCUCGUUGUGCUAUUGGCUUCUCGGGAUAAAGUUUUAAGACAGGUUGGUAAGGAUGCCCUUCGAAGGCUUGUCGUUUACGGUUCUGAUCAAACUCACUCCUCUUUACAAAAGGCUUGCCAAAUAGCAGGAGUUCAUCCCGAGAAUCUUAGGCUGCUAAGAACAGAAAGGUGCAAUGAGUAUGCACUCUCUCCAGAAUCACUCACUGAUGCAAUCUCACAUGACGUCGCCUCUGGUUUAAUCCCUCUUUUCCUUUGUGCUACAGUAGGUACCACAUCAUCAACGGCUGUGGAUCCUUUGCUCGCACUUGGAAAGAUUACAAAGAGAUAUGGAAUAUGGUUUCACGUGGAUGCUGCAUAUGCAGGAAGUGCUUGUAUUUGCCCUGAAUACCGUCAUCAUUUGAAUGGUAUUGAAGAAGCCGAUUCAUUUAACAUGAAUUGUCAUAAAUGGUUUCUAACCAACUUCGAUUGUUCAGCACUAUGGAUAAAGGACCGAAACGCCCUCAUUCAGUCUCUUUCAACAAAUCCAGAGUAUCUAAAGAAUAAAGCUUCUCAAGGUAGUACAGUUAUCGAUUACAAAGACUGGCAAAUUCCUCUCGGACGCAGAUUUAGAUCUCUGAAAUUGUGGAUGGUAUUACGGCUUUAUGGGGUCGAAAAUCUUCAGUCUUACAUAAGAAACCAUAUCAAAUUAGCUCAACACUUUGAACAUCUUGUUGCUCAAGACUCAAGGUUUGAGAUCGUUGCUACUCGGACCUUUUCAUUAGUUUGCUUUCGUCUUCUACCCUCCAACAAAACCGAAGAAUAUGUCAACAAACUCAACCAUGACCUCUUGGAUGCGGUCAACUCAUCCGGGAAGAUCUUCAUCUCUCAUACGGUUCUAUCGGGUAAGUACAUCCUACGCUUCGUUGUAGGAGCUCCAUUGACGGAAGAGAGACAUGUUAUUGCAGCUUGGAAACUUUUUCAAGAAGCAGCCUCUUCUCUUUUGGAGAAUUCAUAGACGUGUUAUCUCUCUCUUAAACAUUGUUUCUGAAAAAGUAAACCAUUAAUACAAUCUAUUGGAAGUCUUCUCUAAUUGAUAUGUGUAAUUUGUGUUUAAAGGCA